GGGCCCGGGUGGUGACAGGGGCGGAACUGGCGGCGAUGGCCCCGGGGACCCUCGAGGGGCUUCUCCGCGCCCACCCCGAGAUGGUUUUUGCGAGAACGUCCCCACAACAGAAACUCGUCAUCGUGGAGAGCUGCCAGCGCCUGGGCGCCAUCGUGGCAGUGACAGGGGACGGGGUGAACGACUCCCCGGCGCUGAAGAAGGCCGACAUCGGGGUGGCCAUGGGCAUCGCCGGCUCCGACGCCGCCAAGAACGCGGCCGACAUGAUCCUGCUGGACGACAACUUCGCCUCCAUCGUCACCGGCGUCGAGCAGGGGCGGCUGAUCUUCGACAACCUGAAGAAGUCGAUCGCCUACACCCUGACCAAGAACAUCCCCGAGCUGACCCCGUACCUGAUCUACAUCACGGCCAGCGUGCCCCUGCCCCUGGGCUGCAUCACCAUCCUCUUCAUCGAGCUCUGCACCGACAUCUUCCCCUCGGUGUCCCUGGCCUACGAACGCGCCGAGAGCGACAUCAUGCACCUGAAGCCGCGGAACCCGCGGCGGGACCGGCUGGUCAACGAGCCCCUGGCGGCCUAUUCGUACUUCCAGAUCGGUAAGGGGGGCCCGGGGACCCCCCACACCUGGGGGGCCACACCUGGGACCUCCCGGGCCCCUGGACAGUCGUGUCCCCAAACACCGGGACCCUCAGGGGCUCCAGGAACCGGCUCACCCGGGUCUCCUCAUCCUCCAGGCCUUGGGGACACCUGA